AUGGACGACACAGGCCAUGACUUCUACGCGGAGGAGAUCACAGGCUUCUUCGUGGCUCCUUACACAGCGAACUACAGCUUCUAUUUGGCGGCCGACGACGAGGCAGACCUCUCAUUAUCCUGCUGUGGCGACAUGGCUGGCAUGAAGGUCAUCGUCCGCAGCGAGAAGGUCGACUUCGCCAUGCCGCGCUACACCCCGUUGGCAUGGUACGGGAGCGACCGUGUGCUCAUGCGGGUGCGCCACCGCGACCACGUGGGAGCAGACUGGCUCCGGGUGGGCCUCCGCGUCCACAUGCCCAUGCAGUCUUUUGAGGGGUCCAUGCCGCCAGCCGAGAUCGUGAGGAGGAAGUCCUUCCUCGAAGUGCAGAAGCUGACCAUGACGGCGAAUGUGGUGCGCGAGAGGCACCGGAUGAAUUUCCUUCGAGUCCUCACAGGCAGCUUCCGCGUCCGCGUGCGCCGCUUCGCGCAGAACUUCCUCCGUGAGGGUGUCUCGGGCGUGCUGCGUGUGGGUGCUACUGCCGCAGAGCUCGCAAACACACUUUGGGACACGAUGGAUCUCUAUGGAAGAGUCCUGGAGUGCGAGCCCACGCUGGAGCGAACUGAAGAUGCAGACAAUGCAGUGCCCCGUGCCGAGACAUGCCCUGUGGAUGCGCAGGCUGACUCGCUGUGGUUGCAACUCCCAAAGCUUUGCUCCUCCUUCUGCUACUUCCAGUGGCAAGACUGCUCUCGUCGGAGCGGCUCAUGUCGUGUUUUUUGUUCUACUUCUUCGAUCUGCUUUGGCAUGUUCAGACAUUUCCAAGCUAUCGCAGAUUUGCUCUGUAAGGUCGGUUCGUCUUGCAGUCUCGGUCUAUCCUUUUCGAUUGGGAGUUCGCUUUCCGCGGCCACGCUGGAUCUCCGAGCUUCGCAUGGCACAACAUUGGGCUCGUUUGUGGACUCCGACAGCUUCGCCGUUCCGGCGGCACUUUUGCUUUGUCCCUGUCCCGUCGACAAAGAACGGAAAUGGCCAAACUUCCGUCGCUGCACUUGCAAAUGGACCUGGGUUCUGGCCGCAUGA